AUGGCAGCCACCGCUUCACCGCUUCCUACCGAGCAGCUCCAGCAGAUCGCCAGCAGCGCCUGCGAGCAAGCCCUCGACUCCGCAGAGCUCUACGACCACUCCAAGGUCGCAGGGUGGAACACAGAGAUCAUCCAAAACAUCCUCAAAUCGCUCAUCAGCGCCACAACAGUAAACAAAGAGGGCUCCGAACCCACCCAACCCGCCUACAAAUACAUCGUCAACAGCACCGUCAUCCAGCACAUCGGCUCUCCCUCUGAACCCGAGAAGCACGGCCGUCGUGGCAUGCACAGCGCAGUCGGCGCGUACUGGAACAACGAGAAGGACGGAACAUACAGCUACAAGUGGGAGGCUGCUGAGAAGAAGGGCAUGGAUAUCGUCAUUACCGUCACAUGGAUCGCCAUAUAG